UAAGUGGGACGGCUUCCUCGGUCCCUAAGAAACGUCGGGCCCCGGGAUUCCUGUUGGCGCUGCUUCGCCUUCGCCUGCCUCUCGCCGGAGCCGAGUCACGAACUCCCGGGCCUCUGCCGUUCCCCGCCGCCGACCUCCCGGCGCGGCGCGACUCUCAGGGCCAAGAUGAGUCUGUUUGGCACGACCUCGGGCUUCGGGACCAGUGGGACCAGCAUGUUUGGCAGCACGACGACCGACAACCACAACCCCAUGAAGGAUAUCGAAGUGACGUCCUCUCCCGACGACAGCAUCGGCUGUCUGUCCUUCAGCCCUCCCACCUUGCCCGGCAACUUUCUCAUCGCGGGAUCCUGGGCUAACGACGUUCGCUGCUGGGAGGUCCAGGACAGCGGGCAGACUAUCCCCAAGGCGCAGCAGAUGCACACGGGGCCCGUGCUGGAUGUCUGCUGGAGCGAUGAUGGGAGCAAAGUAUUUACAGCCUCAUGCGAUAAAACUGCCAAGAUGUGGGACCUCAACAGUAACCAGGCCAUACAGAUCGCACAGCACGAAGCUCCUGUUAAAACCAUACAUUGGAUCAAAGCCCCGAACUACAGCUGCGUGAUGACCGGGAGCUGGGACAAGACUCUGAAGUUUUGGGAUACUCGAUCUUCAAACCCCAUGAUGGUUUUGCAGCUCCCGGAGAGGUGCUACUGCGCUGACGUGAUCUACCCUAUGGCCGUGGUGGCGACUGCGGAGCGGGGCCUGAUCGUGUACCAGCUGGAGAACCAGCCCUCCGAGUUCAGGCGGGUGGAGUCCCCGCUGAAGCACCAGCACCGAUGCGUGGCCAUUUUUAAAGACAAGCAGAACAAGCCGACUGGCUUUGCCCUGGGGAGCAUCGAGGGGAGAGUCGCCAUCCACUACAUCAACCCCCCGAACCCUGCCAAAGAUAACUUUACCUUCAAGUGCCAUCGCUCCAACGGGACCAACACCUCAGCCCCUCAGGACAUCUACGCGGUGAACGGCAUCGCGUUCCACCCUGUGCACGGCACCCUCGCCACCGUGGGGUCGGACGGCAGGUUCAGCUUUUGGGACAAAGACGCCAGAACAAAACUGAAGACCUCGGAGCAGCUGGACCAGCCGAUUUCGGCCUGCUGCUUCAAUCACAAUGGCAACAUCUUCGCCUACGCCUCCAGCUACGACUGGUCCAAGGGACAUGAAUUUUAUAACCCUCAAAAGAAAAAUUACAUUUUCCUGCGCAACGCUGCUGAGGAGCUGAAGCCCCGGAACAAGAAGUAGUGGCCUCGGGCCUCGGGCGCCCCGAGUGUCCCACUCGCCUGUAUCUGUACGAACUCGGGCCCCGGCUGCGGGUCGUCCGCCCUGGCCGUCAGGUCUCCCGCCGGGGCAGCCGUCCGGCCGCUGCUGCAGCUCUCACCGGGAGGACGUCACUCUGGAGCCGGAGCCUUGGGGCCGCGGCUGGCAGCGCCCCUGGCCCUGCACGCGUGGGUGGGGACUCCUGGGGCGCUGUACUGUUAUUUUGUAAUAAAAUAUUUUGAAGAUGGC